CAAUAGAAGCAGAGAAGGCUACAGGCCUCGUGUUGGCUUUGCCACCGUCCUUCUCUCAUCCGUCGAUAGAACAGAUUCGCGAUGGCAUUUGAGACUGCAACCUAGCGGGCUGACUAGAUUUAAGUUGUAUUGGGAUCUACUUCCUCUUCUUCAUCAUAGAAAUUCUUAAAAUCUAGUAUCUGAUUUAGUAGAAGUAACUACAGCUACAACGUAUUUGUUGAAGCUCCUUCAUUGAAGGUAGGUACUAAAAAUGUAGGUACUAGCACCCCUGAGACGUAGGCACCACCUAUGCUGAUUCACCCGUUAGGGGAUUCCAAGCGGGACGUCUCAUGCUUUUUGCCACUGUGGAUGUUCACAAAACCAUCCCUCAAUUCCAUUGCUGCCUGUGAAAUUUAUCGUCCCAUCACUGGGUAUUGGUAAUUUAGAUAGCCUACUUAAAUCUUCUUCACAUUCACUCAAUAACUAGAAUAUCUGGCUUCAGUUGUGCUACAUGUGACCUCACCUGCCCCAUCUACUACACGUGCUGUGGGCUGUAACUGUAAUUCAUUGCGAGGAAGACCUUUUUCUUGAAUGAUGCAAAUAUUCACCUGUUCGUUAGCUAUCUUCACUUCUCAUGUGAUGGCUUAAUCCAUCCUCGUUCUGGAUGACACGGCUACCGGAAAAUGUGCUGCCAUGAACAAAGGCAGCCGGGAAACUAUUAGGGGGACCCCACUGGAGCCCCACUAGGUUGCCAGGCUCGGGGCAUGGGGCUUGCAACCGGGGCCGCGGAAUGUAAUUGGCCUCCUGUGGGAUCCCCUCCGGCAUCCCCGUUACCUUUGCAGGAGUGGAAAGGCCGGGAAUCUAGUGGAUGUUUUGGUCUAUAAGACAAGGCGAGAAGGAAAAGGGAGAAAAUGAAAAACUAAACUUAUUGAUACUCGCUUCGCGAUAUAAGACAAGGCCCCCGCGGAUUUCCUCGGCGGCCCCUAUAGAGGGCGGCGCUGCCGUUAAGGAGGUCUCACUGAAGGCCCGCGAGGUGUUGCGGCUCCGGUCGCGGGCCUCAUGCUGCAAGCCUGGCAGCCGGUCCGCGAUAAGUCGACGACUUACGCGGGCCGCCGUCCGUCUGCCUUCUCCCCCGAGGUCCGGGAUAUUUGAAAACUUCCCGGGGAGAACUUUCAAGAAAGCGGGGCCUUUGGAGCAAACGACCACGAGCCCGCACCCUCGGGCUCGGCCUCGGGCCUCAUGGUCCAAGCCUGGCAGCCGGUCCGCGGUACGUCGACGACUUACGCGGACCGCCGUCCGCCUGCCUUCUCCCCCAAAGUCCGGGGUGUUUGAAGACCUUCCCAAGAGGACUCUGAGAGGGGCGGGGCACGUAGAAGAAAGAGCCACGCGUCCGCGCCCUCGGGCUUGGCUUCGGGCGUCAUGCUCCAAGCCCGGCAGCCGGUCCGCGAUGUUCGUCGCCGCUGCGCUGCAGCGACCGAGAGAUCCGCGACUUUCUGCAACUUCCACAGCGAAAGCCCCCGUAGACCGCUAUCGAGGAAAAUAUAGCCCCUACACCCUCCCCCCACUACACCCUCCCCCCACUACACCCUCCCCCCACUACACCCUCCCCCCUCCCGAUGGCCUCAUAGAUUUUGCGGCCGCGGUGUGCGGCCUCGUGCUCCCCGCCUGGCAGCCGGUCCGCGAUAAGUCGAUAACCUUCGCGGGCCACCGCCUGCCCGCCUGCCUUCUCCUCCGCUGAAGGCCAGGACUUUGGGGGACUUUGCUGGACGAAGUCGCAGAAAGCCGAGGCCCCGGAGCAAAGGGCGCCGAGUCCGCACCCUCGGUCUCGGCUGCGGGCCUCAUGCUCCAGGCUUACCAGUACCAACUUGAUAGGGAGGGACCGCACUUCCCUUGUCGUGUCUUAAGACUAGUGCAGGCGACUCUUCUAAGAGUAGGGAAGGCAGACUCCGGGAGGGGUUCUGCGUCGUGAAAGGUAGCCCGCUCGGGCUCCCUGCGGUCUCCUCUUUGGAGUGGUCUCCCAAAUUGAAUAGACCCCUCGACCGCGUACCGCUUCCCCGGGCGCAAGGCCAUGUUUGCGGAAAAUGCGGAAGCUGAAGCCUUCUGGUUUUCCUCUAAAGAUGGCCUUGCGCCCGGGGAAGCGGUACACAGUGGAGGGACCUACCCAAUUUCGGGAACCACUCCAAGAAGGAACGGGCGAACCGCGCCACACAUUGCCACCCGCAAACACCGUGAGCCGCGGCCCCCCACGAAUCCCCCGGCGCAUUCCGCUGCUGCUCGUGGUUGCGUCUUGGAUUCUUGGGGGGCGUGGGUGAGGCUGCCCCGCUUAACGCUAGCACCGUCGACCCCUCUUAAGACUAGGGGAGCAGUGUCCCUAUUGAGUUGGCACGGGCGAGCAGCCGGUCCGCGACGAGUCGAUAAUUUGAGCGGACCGCCGUCCGCCUGCCUUCUCCACAGAAGGCCCGGACCUUUGAAGACUUUGCCGUAAGAACGCGCAGAGAAGCGGCUUGUGAGAGCAAAGGGACACGGGCCCGAGCCUGGCAGCCGGUCUGCGUUGGGUGGAUAACUUACGCGGGCGGCCGUCCGUCCGCCUGCGCUCUCCUCCCCCGAUGGCCCGGACUUUGGAAGACUUUGCUGGAAGGAGUCGCAGGGGGUCAGCUUGAGAGAGAAGGGCCACGAGUCCACACCCUCGGGCCCAGCUUCGGGCCUCAUGCUCCUAGCCUUGCAGCCGGUCCGCGACAGGUCGAGAACGCACGCGGACCGCCGCCCGCCUGCCCUCUCCCCCGGGGGCCCGGACUUCUGCAGACUUUUCCGGAAGCACUCGCAAAAGAGCGGGGACUUUGAGCAAGGGGCCACGAGCCCGCGCCCCCGGGCCCGGCUUCGGCCUCGUGCUCCAAGCUUGGCAGCCGGUCCGCGCUAAGUCGAUAGCCUACGCGGGCCGCCGCGGCUUGCCUUCUCCCGAGGCAGCCCGUAUGCUUGAAGACUUUGCCGGAAGAAGUCACAGAAAGUCGGGGUCCCUUUCGCCGUUCGUUGCAUGCCACCGCUUCACUUUAGGCUCGUGGCGGAAGCGAUUGGUGGGAAAGGGCGGCCUGACUCAGCUACCCGGACUGAGGUUCCCUGACUGAAAUGAGCGGGCUAGGCUAUGCCGUUUAAGAGUACACUAGCCAAGCUGAACUAAGUGACCGAGCGAAACCAACCAGACGAGAACCACUCCACCUACGACUGCGCCCGCGCGGCUCCCCUAACUACCCGAACUGACGGACCUGUCUCCGCCAACCGAAGAGUGUACGCAACUAAAAAAGCUAAACGAGCUGCCGCUAAAGCUAAGAGAACUCCCAGACCGACGCGAACCGCUGAAACGAACGGGGCGCCCAGAGGGGCCGAGGUUCUCCAUUCGAACUAAGCUCACCAGCCUCAACACUCCAGAGUCCAUCGGCCCAGCCCAGUCGAGGGAGCUGACCAAGACGCACCCCCCUGACGCCAACGCGCCCAGCCCAACUAAUAUACACCCGUCCCUGUGAAAAGAACCGAAGGUGGCGAUCGUCGUCCCGAGUUAUCAGGCGACGCAGAUUUCUCGUACUGCAGUCGAUUUGCUGUGUUCGAAUGCGUGAGCAUGACCCGCCAUCUAGCACAAGCAUUCCCAUUUUAGUUAUGGAAGUGCACCUGGCGGGGCACCCACUUGUCAUAAAGAUGGAGGUCCAACUCGUGCUGCAACAAAGUCCCUCCGCGAGAUGAAGAACUUCCACAGCCGCAGAGAUCACAGCGUUCUCUUUGUCAGGUCAGUGACUGUUUACUUGUGGAUAAAUGGAUGGUUCUGCGAACCCGCGUGAGUUCGUCUACGAAUUGUCGCGCCUCUUUUUUCUCUUCAUUCCUAGGCUCGGGUCGCGUCCCCGAUUCAAGUUCAAAUAGGUAAAUCCAUUGAAU